UUCGCUAUAUGGCAACACCAUUAGUGUCCCUAUUGAAAAUGUCUGCUUCGAAGCAAUCGAAAAAUAGUUUUAGCAAAAUGAUACAUUAAUUAGCGUUUUAAACGAGUAAACUGUCCAGUAUAAUCAGGUGAAUAUCAUACAGUUGUGAUGUGGUGUGCAAUUAAUGUGUUAGCAAUGACUCAUAUUGUGUUUUUGCAUAACAAUCAAUAGAACAAAUAUAGGUUAAGAUCUCUGUGAUAGUGUUCAGUUAGAAGCUGUAUAAAAAUAUGUUGGAUGCAAAAAAGUAAAAAGAACGCCAUAUAUUUAUCACACAAACAUAUAUAAAAUGGAUUGUGAACGCGGGACUUGUAAAUUUCACGCCUUAUUUUGAAGUUAGUAAGAAUCUCCUUAGGACUUAGUGUGAGUGAGUCAUGUCUAGUGAUCGUCUGGCUUAAAUGGUGGACCCUGUGAACGGCAAGAUGUCUGACGAAGAAGACUCCUCCCCGGACAGGGCUUUGGGCCCCACCAACAAUGUUCCAGUGCUGGGCAUCAAGCGUCUCAAGCAAAUCGAGACGAUGUUCAUGUCGCGGCGUCUGCAGGGCCCUCGCACCAACGGGCUCAGCGUGGAGACGCUCCUGGACGUUCUGCUGGUGCUCUACGACGAGUGCUGCAACAGCUCGCUGAGGAGGGAGAAGGCGGUCGCCGACUUCAUACAUUACGUGAAACCGGUGGCGGCCGCGUUGAAGAGGCUGCGACUCUCGCGAGAUGACUUCGAGCUUGUGAAGGUGAUUGGACGCGGCGCUUUUGGUGAGGUGUGCGUGGUCCGAGCUUCGUUUAUGCAGGGCAAUGACAUAGGCGGUAACUUGGCGGCGGCCACUGGAGGUACCACUUCUGCCACCACCGGGGAGCGGGUGUACGCCAUGAAGAUACUCAACAAGUGGGAGAUGCUCAAGCGUGCUGAGACGGCGUGUUUCCAAGAGGAGCGAGACGUGUUAGUGUUUGGUGACAGGCGAUGGAUCACCAACCUGCACUACGCGUUUCAAGACGAACAUAAUUUGUACCUGGUGAUGGACUACUACUGCGGCGGCGACCUUCUCACGCUGCUGUCGAAGUUCGAGGACCGGCUGCCGGAGGACAUGGCCAAGUUCUACAUCGCCGAGAUGGUGCUCGCCAUACAGAGCGUGCACGAGCUCAGAUAUGUACACAGAGACAUAAAACCCGACAAUGUGUUAUUGGAUGCGAGUGGACACAUCAGGUUAGCUGACUUCGGCUCCUGUCUGAGACUGGGUGAUGAUGGGAAGGUGCAGAGUAAUGUCGCAGUGGGCACGCCGGAUUACAUAUCGCCCGAAAUUCUGAGGGCGAUGGAGGAUGGACAGGGGAGAUACGGUCCUGAAUGUGAUUGGUGGUCGUUAGGCGUGUGCAUGUACGAGAUGCUGUUCGGCGAGACGCCGUUCUACGCGGAGUCGCUGGUGGAGACGUACGGCAAGAUCAUGAACCACGCGCGCUCCUUCCACUGCCCGCCGCCCGACGACCACGCCGCGCAGGUGUCAGAAGAGGCGAAAGAUUUGAUACGCCGAUUGAUUUGUUCGUCUGAGAACAGACUCGGCAAGAAUGGACUCCAAGACUUUAAGAACCACCCGUGGUUCGCGGGCCUGGACUGGGAGAACCUGCGCGAGAUGCAGGCGCCGUUCGUGCCGGACGUGUCCAGCCCCACCGACACCUCCAACUUCGACGUGGAUGACACUGACAUAAGGCUGUCGGAGGCGGUGCCGCCGCCGUCGGCGUCGUCCGCGUUCUCGGGCCUGCACCUGCCGUUCGUGGGCUUCACGUUCACGGCGGGCUCGCGCCUGUCCGACCUCGGCGCGCCCGCCGGCCCGCUCAGCCCCGCCAAGAACGCGCCCAGCCAGGCGCCGUCGAACCAGUGCGACCGCGGCGCGCUGAAGGCGCUGGAGCGAGAGAACGCGCUGCUCGCGCACACCAUCGCCGAGCUGCGCGCCGCGCACGAGCACGCGCACGAGCACGCGCACGAGCACGCGCACGAACCCGCCGCCGACGAGUUAAUACAGUUGAAAGAAGAGUUGUCGACGUUGUCUAAGAGGAAUGCCGAUCUGGAGGCGCAAGUUAGGUGUUACGAGCAGCUGAACACCAGUUCUGUUGAUACUACGGACAUGCCGUCGACGCCACAAGAGAUGGCCACACGUCUCAGAGAGUUGGAGAUAAUGAUCCACGCGAUUACCAUCGAGAAAGAGGAACUGCUGAAGGACAAGACGGACUCUUUGGAGAAAUUGAGAUUGCAGGACAAGGAGUUGAAAGACGCGAUAUCGCAACGCAAGCUCGCCAUGGCCGAGUACAACGAGGUCACCGAGAGACUCUCUGAGCUCAGACAACAGAAGCAGAAGUUGUCGCGACAGGUGCGCGACAAGGAGGAGGAGCUGGAGGUGGCGAUGCAGAAGAUCGACGUGCUGCGGCAGGACAUCCGCCGCGCCGACAAGGGCCGCCGCGAGCUCGAGGCCCGCCUCGACACCGCCAUCGCGGAGGCCACCAAGGAGCGCAAGCUGCGCGAGGAGACGCUGCGGUCGCAGCGCGCCUCGGCCGCGCCCGGCGCCGCGCCUGCGCCCUGCGCGCCCGCCGCCGCCGACGUCGCGCGCCUGCAGGCCGAGGUCGACACGCUCGAGAUGCAAUACAAGGAAUCGCUAGCGCAGCAACAGGCGCGGUUCAACGCAGAACUAGCAGCACUCAACGAACAGCUGCAAGAGGGCGACGCCAUGAGAAACAUGCUCAACCGAGAGCUUCAAACAUCCAAAGACAAGCUGGAGAGCCGUCGGCUCGAGCAGAUCAACGACACUGAAGACAAACAGGUGCUCAUCAACGAGAACAGGAAGCUCACCAAGGACCUGGACGCUAUGGCGGAGAACGGCAGACGGUGGCAAGCGGAGCGGCGGCAGAUGGAGAUGGAGUUGGAGGAACUGAGGGCCAAGAGGGACACCAUGCAGCAUUGGGAGACGCAGAUAGCGGACAUUAUCCGGUGGGUGGCGGACGAGAAGGAAGCGCGCGGUUACUUGCAAGCUCUCGCGACCAAAAUGACAGAGGAGUUGGAGUAUCUCAAGCAUGCCAGCGCCUCCCGAAGUUCCCUAGCGCCUUCGUCACCUCCAGGCGUGGGACCGCCAGUGGUGGGUGGUGUCAGUGCCGGCACUGGCGGUUGGCGGAACCGGCGCUCGCAGAAACUGGACAAGAUGGAGAUCCUGACGCUGCAGUCGUCGUUGCAUUCAGAGAUACAAGCGAAACAGGCAGUUGGCGAAGAGUUGAGCCGCACCAGGGCAGAGCUGCUGGCUAGUCAAAGAGAGCUGCUCGAGACGCGGCAGCGGCUGGAUGCGCUUGCGCACGACAUGAAGCGCAAGGAGCAGCACAUACGCGACAUGCAGGCGCGCCUCGACACGCCGCACCACCAGCCCGCCUCCUCGAGGCAAGGAUCCGCCAAAUCGUCGACCUACUGGAGCGGCAAAGAAGACAAUGUUCUGGACCGGCCUCCAUCGCAGAUGAGCUACUUGGAUCAGUUCCUGAAAGACGGCCCGACGGAGCGGCUGUACGAUAACGUGGCUUCCAUGAACGAACAGAAGAUUUCGCCGCAGUACCGUUACAGGAAUGCCCAGCAUUGUUGUAACGCCAAGCUAAUGUAUGGAUCACAACAAUCUGGAGGUCUGAGCGGCUCAAUGGAGUCUCAAGACGACAUGGAGGGUCCAAGGGCGGCGUCUCCUGCAUCCAGUAAAAGUUCUCCUAGUGAAAUGUCAACUGAUCCGUCGUUAGGUCCCACGGUGCCCGGCAAGCAGAAGGUUCACCAGUUCCUAGUGAGGACGUUCAGCAGUCCCACCAAAUGUAACCACUGCACUUCGCUCAUGAUCGGUCUGACGCGCCAGGGCGUGGUGUGCGAGACGUGCGGGCUGGCUGUCCACACUCGCUGCUGCGCGCGCGUGCCGCCGCGCUGCCCGCUGCCGCCCGACCGCGAGCGCCGCCCGCUCGGCAUCGACCCCGCGCGCGGGCAGGGCACCGCCUACGAGGGAUACGUUAAGGUGCCAAAACCGGGAGGCGUUAAGAAAGGCUGGAUGAGACAGUUCGUGGUCGUUUGUGAUUUCAAAUUGUUCCUCUACGAUAUAUCUCAAGACAGGAACGCGUUACCGUCCGUGUGCGUGAGCCAGGUGCUGGACAUGCGGGACCCGGAGUUCAGCGUCACGUCGGUCAAGGACUCGGACGUGAUACACGCGAGCAAACGUGACAUACCUUGUAUAUUUAGGAUAUCGACGUCACAAAUUGAGGGCGGCAAGCGUUCACACACGCUGAUGUUGGCCGAGUCGGAGUCGGAGAAGACCAAGUGGGUCGUCGCACUCAGCGAGCUGCACAGGAUACUGAAGAGGAAUAACUUGCCCGAUAAAUGCGCGUACAGCGCGUGGGUGGUGGCGGAGGGCGGCGGCGGGUCGUGCGGCGCGGCGGUGCGCGGCGCGGCGGCGGCGUGCGUGCUGGAGGCGGCGCGCGUGGCGCUGGCGGGCGAGGCGGGCGUGGCGCUGCUGGACCUGGAGCGCGGCGAGCUGCUGCCGCGCCGCGCUCUUGCGCCCGUGCACGCGCUGCACUACGUGGCGCGCGAGCAGCUGCUCGUGGCGCUGGCGGGCCGCGCGCGCCACGUGCGCCUGCUGCCCGUGCGCGCGCUCGACUGCGCCGACGUCGAGUGCGUCAAGCUGCCCGAGACCAAGGGGGCGCUGGCGCUGGCCGUGGGCCCGCUGGAGCACGCGCACGGGUUCGCGGUGUUGUGCAAGCGCGCGAGCGCGUACGUGGUGAGCGUGUACGAGAUCACGCGCACGGCGGCGCGGCGCGCGCGGGUGGCGGAGCUGCGCGCGGGCGGCGCGGUGCUGAGCGUGCAGCUGGCGCGCGCGCUGCUGCUGGGACACCGCGGCGGCUUCGCGCAGCACCACAUGCCCGACCGCCGCCGCCCGCAGCAGGACCAGCCCGCGCUCUCUCUAGUCCACCCGGACAACCAGGUGAACGUGUUCCUGUCUCACUCGGGCGCGAAGCCGCUCGCGUGCGCGCCGGUGCCGAACUCCUCCGACAAGCUGCUCGUGUUCAACUCGCUCGCGCUGUACGUCGACAAGAACGGACACCGGGCGCGGGACACCGAGCUCAUGUACACCGCGCAGCCGCUGUAUCAUGCGAUAAACGACACGCAUCUGAUGAUAUUCACGUCGACACACAUCGACAUAUACGACAUAGAGACCGGCGAGUGGGUGCAGACGCUUAAUAUACCGAACGCGCGUCCCCUCGACGAGCAGGGCUGGUUGAUAAGCGCCGGCGGCGGCUCCAACGGCUCGCCUGUGUCGGGAGAGGCCGCGCCCUGCAUCCUGUACCUCAGGCCGCUGCACUCGCCGGGCCCGCUGAACAUGGAGCACGUGGCGCUGUGGGGCAGCGGCAAGCGGCGCCUGUCCGUGCGCGAGCACUCGCACCAGGCCAUCGAGGCGCACAACCGACUGUCUGAGCGUCGCUCCCGGCUGAUCUCGGCGCCGACGAACUUCUCACACGUGUCGCACAUGGGCCCCGGCGACGGCAUCCGCUCGCAGCGGCUACUCGACCUGCCCACCACCGUCGAGACCGCCGACGAACACCCGCAGAUGUACAGCAGUCGGGAGAGCAGUAAGCGAACGUCGCCGCUCACCAUAUCGCACGGGACCGGCUCCUACAACGGUUCGUGGCGAGCGCGUCCGCGCGAGGGUCCGCCCCCGCCCCCGACGCGCCGCCCUCCCCCGCCAUGCACCACCGGCCUAUGGAGAGGUCGAUAGGCGGCGGGUCGCAAGGCAGCGGGUCGUUACUCCUGGAGAGGUCCAUCACGCCGCUCAGCCUCGGCAGCAUGAGCUCCCUCCACGACGUACUUAAGGUGGGCACGGACAUGGGCGAGGGCCUGCACUCGGAGGACAGCAGCUGCGGCGCCUCCCCACCGCACCCUAUGGAUCCCUGAUGAAGGCAACUGAACACGCACUGGUCGAUCGACAUGUCGCGGCUGUAUACGUGUUUUUGUUAGUCUCGUCGUCACUUCGUCAUGACGUACCGUAUUCACAAUCAGUAUCUUAAAAUAUUAGUAUUAUAAUAAAAUACGGGAAUUGUGUCAUAGUUGUUCAUUGUAAGGAAAAUAACAAAGUAAGUGUUAAGAAAAUCGAUACAUUUCACACAAUCGAUUUGUUAAUUAUCGAUUAAAGUUUGACGGGCUAGAUCGAUAUUAAUAUCGAUAUAGAUGCAGUAGAAAUAUACGCCACCUUUAACGAUUUAAUUCAUAGUUGAUGAUUCGAUGUGUGUACCAAAUCGCUUGCAAAACUUCGAUAGUACUAAUGGCAGAUUUAAUGCGAUGUUCUCUUGUUUUAUUUAUUUUCAUCGACUAUUAUUUACGAUACUGAUUGUAAAUAUAACAAUUAUAUGGUUUUUAAAACAUAUAAUUUGAUACACAUUUGGUUCCUAUGAGUAUAGCGUGGGGUAAAAAUAUUUAUUUUGCAAUAUUUUGACAAAUUAUUUACAAUUGUAAUUAAAUAUAUAUUUUUAUUUUUUUCGUGUCUCCCACGUACAUGACCUUCCAUUGUAAAAUAAUGUCGAAUAGUUAAGCCGUGUGUACACUGCAGUGGGUCGAUUUUUUUACUAUCGAUUUUUGAAAUAUGUUUAUAUCAUAUUGUGUACGAUAAUAUGACAAGUUUGAGGUUACGAUUGGAUUGUUUAUAAGCAGGGCUUGUGUUUAAAACAAAUAGAAUAUAUCCCCUUUCACGUUACUUAAUAUUAUUUUGACGUUUAAUGAAUUGCUUGCACGUAAAUAUCGAUAGAUUAUCGAUGGCAGUUGUGGCUUUUUUCCUUGCUUUAAAUUUACAGGUUAAAUUCCUAGAGAUGUCAAUAGAUUUAAUGAAAAAAAAAAUGAUAAUCUUAGUGCGUCCUACAAUGUCGAUUACGAAAGAUUUUAUUUCGCAUCGACAAAACAUCACCGGAUCUUCACAGACCGGUUUAUUCCGAAGAAUAAACCGGAUACUGUGUUGAUAUAUAAGACGGCUUAAUUUUCCAAGGUUGUAAGUGACUAAAGCUCUCACACAAAAGUCCGAUGUGUUUGUAUAAGUCGACCCUUGCCAGGCCAACAAAACGUAGGGUCAUAUUCAAAAAAAAAUUAAACGACUAUUUCAAGAAAAAUGUUUUUUUAGUAUUAUAAUGACGUCAUCUAAUUUACAAUUUAAAUCCAAUCGUGAAUCAGAAGUUAUCUAAUUAAACACAAAUGCAACUACAAGCUUCAAACGUAUGUAUAUGUUGAUGAUAUAUUCCACAUUACUUUGUAAUAUAUAUUUUAUUUCUGUAUACAUUCUUAUGAAGCUGAUUGUACAUUUAAUUCUAUCGAUAUCACUGCCAGUGUACACUCAGCACUAGUUGUAUAGACCCGAUGUGGCUUGUAGGUCAAUUAGAUUCCAACAUUGAAAAUUUGAUAAUCUAUAAUUAUAAUAUAAAUUGUAAGCGGUUUCGACGGAAUAUUAAUGUUUUGGAGGCGUUUAUUUUAUCGAUAUUUCGUAUGGCAGUGCGCUAUAAUAUCGACUGUUAUGAAAGUUAUUUUUUUUGUCAUUAGUAGUGAGUUUUAAAUAUUAUAAAGGUAUCGAAAUUGCUGUUAUUAUUUAACAUUUUAGGGACACGAUUGAGUAACAUUUUUACUGAUGUAUAAAGAAAACUAUCGUUAUAGUUAAUCUAAUCUACUUUAUGCUUAUAAUUUUGACGAUUACAAACAGUUUACGAAAUAAUUAUCGAAUAUUGUAUCGUAAACGCCUCCAAAAUAAAUUACUGGAAGUUUUUUAUUUAUCGAGAAUCGCAUGUAAGCGUAAUUCAUGUAUUUAUGACCCAUUAUUCAGCACUUUUAAUUGACCCCAGUCCAUUGCGUUGACAUACAUUUGAAAUAUGCACAAUAAUUGUAAAAUUGUUAUUCGAUAUUAUGAAAUUCAUAUAAAAAAUAUUCGUGUUACGACAUAUAAUCUAACGUAUUAUAACCCGAACUUAAUAAUAACUUAAUAUACCAAACUAAUUUACCACCUUAAUAAAAUCUUAACAUGGUACUAAUAUAAAUAAUGACUGAAAAUUGUUUUCAUAGAUUUAUUGAGAGAAAAUAAUCAAAUAUAUAUGUUAAUAAAACAAUUACAAAAAAAUCAAUAGAAAAAUGUAUUAUCUAUUAUUAGCAUAAUUAAAAAACAUUGCUUCCGUAGUAUCUUCCAGAAUUUUCUUUAAUAACAAUAUUGUACUUAAUUUGUGAGUAUUAUAUUGAGUAAAUUUACAAUCAAUUUUCUCUCACCAAAUCUUAAAAACAAUAAUCUACUGCCAUUCCAUUUAGGUACAUCGAUUAAUGAAUAAUAUUCCCGAUAUCGAUAUCGGCAUAAGUUGUUUAUAUCGAUAUUUGGUUUAUAUUAUAGCUUUCAGGUGACGAGGUUUUAUCUGUUUUAAUACGUCGUGAGAUAGAACUUGGGCGCCGUAAGGCGACGGUUUGUAACCAAGCUGUGGCUCAAACGUGCAGUAUUUAAGUCCACGAUAUUUUACAUUAACUUUGAUUGAGUCCUGACGCAUUGGACUUAAAUCGCUUGUAGGUUUGGGCGAACAGGCCAAUUGUAUGAACAGAUCUUCUAUUAUCAUAUUUGGUACCAUGAAUAGAAAAUGUAUAGAAAGAUUUGAAGCUAAAAUAGUUUUGAACUCAAAUAGGGGAGUAUAAAUAUAAACUAAUCCACCGAUUCUUUUGUUAAUAUUAUACGCAGUUGGUGUAGUUUGUAACGGCUUAAGUCGCAGUUGUAGGACUUUACUAGCAUACAGUUCAUAAUGGAAGUCUUUCAAAAUUUAUGUUGUUAUAAAAGACACCAACGGACCACCAAAAUGACCAAAAAUCAAAAUCACUGCCCGCAGUCGUUACGUAUCGUUAUCGAUAUAAACAAUCGACUUUUGUUAAAUUAUUAUUUAUCGAUAAUAAAAAUAGUAUCGCCGUAUUAACUCGAAAUAUUGAAUAAUAAUAUUCAACCGUAGAUAAAUGUAAGUUUUGUCCGAUCUCGAAGAUUACGCGUUCGAAUCAACUUUCGAAGUCGACAAGUAUUAUCGAGUGUCAAAUGCUGAGUUACGGUCAGUUUGUUCAUUGACACGGUCAAAGUUAAUGUUACUUUUACUUUAGCUGUUUUACAGUCGAUGAAGAAACUGCUCGUAAGAAGCGAGUCCGUUACGGCAAGUAUCCGUUUAGUUUACAUUAAUGAACGCUAGAUGUCGCUUAAGCGUAUGUAUGUAAAUAUAAUUUUUUUAUCGACACGUAAUCGAUAGAAAAUAAAUGUAUGUUCCAUCGAAAUUGACGCAUUUAGUUGGUAAGUCUAUUAUUUAUGAAGAGCUUUGUUUUUAUAGCAUGUUUUUGAUCACGUGGUAUGUUUUACCUUUCUUAUUCACGUACUGGCUUCGACAGAACAUUGUGUAACUCGUUAACAUAUGUUUUAAUCAAUCAUUGUCUGUCUCUUACAUUAAUAACCGAAUAUAAAGAAGAAAGGGACGAGAUGAAUAAAUUAUUUUGUUACUUUCUUAAUUUUUAUUGGUAAAUAAAAAUGUAUGGUUAAUAUUUUAUUAGCGACCACAAAAUGGUAAAAUUUCAAAGGUUUACAAAGAGAUUAUUGAAGGAAACAUUGCGUGAUCAAAUCGAUAUUUUUUUAAACGUAAAUUAUAAAAUUCUAGUCUUUUUUUGUUUAUACAAAACCCUAAUGUAUUAUUGAGACUAUAAUAUUUUCAUUUGUAUUGUACGAAUAAGUAUAACAAAUAUAGUUUCGCGUAAUGAGAUUCUUUUUUAGUUUAAGUUGUUUGUCGAUAUUGUGUGCUGUAGUCUGGGGACGAGUGGGGAAAUUGAAGAGGAGGGAGAAAAAUUGUUUUUGAAAGUAUAAAUAUAAUAUUUGGAGUGUGAAUAAUGCGAUAAUAAUGUGAAAGAUAAAAGGUUAAAUAAAUAAAUUCAACAGAAGGGUAUAUAUUCUUUGAUUAUGAAUAUAAGUAGCACCAACAGAAAGAUUUGUAAGUGAACUUUUACUUGAUAUAUGAAUUAUGAAGUGACAAUUCAAAAGAGUUAUUAAAUCUGAUUAAAAUUUUCUCCCUCGUAUACUAAACACUCGGCACACAGCUCGAUGAAAUAUUAUGUAAAACUAGCGUUGAUUUUUUAUAUAUAUUUUUAAAUAAAUAUGAUGAAAUGUGUUGUGCACUUUAUCCAAAGAUUUGCCGAGAAUUUUAUUUGUUUGUGUGAAAUGUAAAGACAUAAUUGGUCUGAUUUCUGUACGCUGAAAUAAUAAAUGUUGUACAAAUAGAUGAAAUUAUCAUUUGUACGAAGACUGAUUCAGAUCUGGUAUGUGAAGGAAAGAUGAUCUGAUACAGAAGACUUUAAAAACUUAUGAUAAAAUUUACGUUUUAUUUAUUGAAUAUAUUGAUGAUUUCGUAUGAAUUUGCGGUAGUUUUAUAUAUCUGUAAAAGUAUUUCAGAAAUCAGAUUAAUUUUGUGGUAUAAAAAAAUUUAUAAAUGUCGAUAGACGCAUCAAUAUGGUUUCCAGAUUUCGCAAUAUAAUGAACAUGUAAGUCUCGAUAAUGAAGCGGUGAACGCUUUACGUAAUUAAUUUAAGUGUCUAUAUGUAUUUGGUAAUGAAUUAAUCUCUAGAAAGAACUGAUUGAUUUAAAAAAAAAAUAAUAAUGUGUAAUUCUUAGUCCUUCGUACUUCGCUUUUUAUUUCUACAACAUCACAUUUGAUUUUCCAAAUCGUUUUCCAUGACAAUCGAUUUAGUUAAUUAUUUGCUGAUUUAUUUAAACGUGAUUACAAUUCCUAUUAAUUAACUGCGGAUUUCAAUAAUCGACCUCAUUCUCUUUUUUCGAUCCAUCGUGAAAAUAUAUCAAUCGGAAUAUUUUUGUCACGCUUACAAAUGAUUUCGUUUUGAUUGGUUCCCUCUCGGAUUGAAAAUUAAGAUUGCGGUCGUUUAUUGAAAACUGUUAAUCGAAUUAUAAUUCCAGUGAUAUACAUUUCAUUCACCGACAUUCCGCUUUGAAAUUAACGCACCGUCGAUAUCGAUAGAAAUCUAUCGACUGUCGAUAAAACGUGAACUCUUCACGCUGUCAAUUGAUAUUUAAUUUGAUAUUGUAAACGAUUGGAGAUUGUGUAACCUAAUAAAAUUAAAAAUCUCAAAAUUUGUUAUAUACGAAAUUAUUCGUAAUUAUAAGCGAAUAUAUAAUGUUGAUAUGUCCCGCAUUGUAUCGGUUAGUUGGUAGAUUUUGCUAAAAAUUUGUAUAAAAAAAUACAUGUAUUGUUUUGUAUACGCUAUCGUUUUAGGUUGACAGUGUUCGAAGAAUGUAUACUAUCUUUCGCACUACAACAUAUACGUGUAUCGAUGUAUUAGAGGACGGGCUUCGUUAUCGACUUUUAAAGUACAAAAUAUUUAUAUUAGCAUUGGUAUGUUGUUAAUUCGUAGUUUCAGAAUUUUCAAGAUAAUUUAAGUUCUAUUUUGGCAUAAAAAUAUAAUAUGAUCUCCGAAAUUUAUUUAAUUGAUUUUAACCUUAUACUAUAAUAAAUUCAUUAUCAGUCUCCAGCUCGCAUUUAACAAAAUAUUUUACUGCACAUAAUUUAAUGUGCGUAUAACGAUUUUAAACAUUCUUACGCAUGUUAAUACAAAUUACUCGCUUUUAAAUGUGUUUUGAAAACAUUUAUUAACCGUGAAGCUUCUAUAUGAUGUACAUUACAUAUAAUAUGCAUUUAAUUUUGAGUCGAUAACGUGCCCCUAUCGCUUUCAUUAGCGCUUCAACAAUAGGUGCCAUCAAUAUAACAAAUAGUAUGGUAUAUAAGCUUGUAUAUUAUUCAAUAUUCAUCGCAAACCCAAGCAAAUCUGAGAUCUAGCACAGUGCACUUAAAUGUGUUUAUCGCAUAAUAAUUCGCUAUUUCCAUUUUUCGCAUAUCGCCUUCACUUGUCAAUGUACUGACAAGCCGACUCUUCCUUACAUAUAACUACUAUACUUAGUAUUAUAAUUUGAUUGUAAAUCUAAAUUAUUGACUAAUAUUAAAUUGCAAUUAUGUGACAUUAUCUCAACACUUAUUUUAUGUAAAUAUAUCUCUAAAUAAAGAAACAUUUGAAUGA